GGCCGGACGGGGAAUAGCGCCGGACUCGCUGUCGCCUCCUAGCGGCGCGGCCGCGGCGCUGCAACCCGCUCUCUCCGCCCGCGGCUCGCCACUGGAAGGCAGCUAUGUGGUCCUUCUUUUCCCGGGAUCCCGUUAAAGAUUUCCAGUACGAGAUCCUGCCGGAUGGUCAGGAGACGGUCGGGAUAUGGAGCCUUCACCGGGGGAAGAGAAAGGCGUCGGGCGAGCCGGUCUCUGUGUUUGUGUUCGAGGUGAAGCCCGGCUCAGAGGAGAACGCUCCCGCAGCGAAGGCGGCGCUCAAAAGGCUCAAGACUCUUCGGCACCCGAACGUCCUGUCGUACGCGGACGGACUGGAGACAGACAAGGCCCUGUACGUCGUGACGGAGCCCGUGACCCCCCUUGGCACGCACCUCAGCGGCCUCUCCGAGCCGGGGGGGCUGGGUGAGCUGCACAUCUCCUGGGGGCUGCAUCAGAUCGUGAAAGCUCUGAGUUUCGUGAUCAAUGACUGUCGCCUGAUCCACGGCAGCGUGGGUCUGUCCUCCGUGUUCGUGGACCGGGCGGGGGAGUGGAAGCUGGGGGGGCUGGAGUACAUGUCCUCCGCGGAGGGGGACGGGGGACCCCCGCCACGCAAGGUGACCCCAGAACUGGAGAAGUACGAGCCCCCCGAGAACUCGGAGCGCAGCAGGAGCACGGGAGAGAAAUGGGCGGCUGAUGUGUGGCGGCUGGGCUGCCUGAUCUGGGAGGUGUUUAACGGACCGCUGCCUCGGGCUUCCUCCCUCCGGACCCUGGGCAAGAUCCCGAAGCCGCUGGUCCCUCAUUACUGCGAGCUGGUUGGAGCGAACCCGAAGGUCCGGCCCAACCCGGCCCGCUUCUUGCAGAACUGCCGCAGUCCGGGCGGCUUCAUGAGCAACCGCUUCGUCGAGACGAACCUCUUCCUGGAGGAGAUCCAGAUCAAGGACCCAGUGGAGAAGCAGAAGUUCUUCCAGGAGUUGAGCGAGGAUCUUGACUCGUUCCCGGAGGAUUUCUGCCGGCACAAGGUCCUGCCGCAGCUCCUCUCUGCCUUCGAAUUCGGGAACGCUGGCGCGGUCAUCCUCACCCCUCUGUUCAAGGUGGGUAAGUUUCUCAGCGUAGACGAGUAUCAGCAGAAGAUCAUUCCUGUCAUUGUGAAGAUGUUCUCGUCCCCGGACCGAGCCAUGAGGAUUCGGCUGCUGCAGCAGAUGGAGCAGUUCAUCCAGUAUCUGAACGAGUCAGCUGUAAACUCCCAGGUCUUCCCCCACGUGGUGCACGGCUUCCUGGACACGAAUCCGGCCAUCCGGGAGCAGACAGUCAAGUCCAUGCUGCUGCUGGCCCCCAAGCUGAGUGAGCACAACCUCAAUGUGGAGCUGAUGAAGCACUUCGCCCGCCUGCAAGCCAAGGAUGACCAGGGGCCAAUCCGCUGCAACACCACGGUGUGCCUGGGCAAGAUCGCCCCCUACCUCAACGCAGGGACUCGGCAGCGAGUGUUGUCCUCAGCGUUUGCCCGCGCCACCAAAGACCCGUUCAGCGCCUCGCGGGCGGCCGGCGUGCUGGGCUUCGCUGCCACGCAUCACUACUACUCUCUGAGCGAGAGCGCCGGACGCAUCCUGCCUGUCCUGAGCACCCUGACCAUCGACCCGGACAGGAGCGUCCGAGACCAGGCAUUUAAAGCCAUCAGGAGUUUCCUCAGUAAGCUGGAGACGGUGUCCGAAGAUCCCUCGAAACAGGCAGAAAUUGAGAAGGACGUCCUGUCCUCUGCUUCCUCUCCCGGUGGAGCUGCAGCGAGCUGGGCAGGCUGGGCAGUGACGGGGGUCUCCUCCCUCACCUCCAAACUGAUCCGCACCGCCCCGGGCGGGGAGGGGGGCGCCUCGACACCGGCAGAGACCCGCGCCCACCCCGCGGAGCACCCCGACACCAACGCAGGUUCAGAGGUCAGCAAAGCGUCCUCCCCACCUAGCCCCGCCCCUGCGGCUCUCGCUGACCAGUGGGACGAAGGCAGGGAGGAGGAGUCGGAGGAGGAGGAGGAGCCUGCGAGUGACCGCUGGGACGAGGAAGACUGGGGCAGUCUGGAGGAACCUGACCGGUCGAAAGGGCAGACGGACCCAUGUGACUGGAACUCCUCUGAUUGGUCCACGGUCCCGUCAGUCGCCAAGAAGGCCAAUGACAAAGCGCAGUUGGGCGGAGCCUCGACGACGAAGCCGAGCUCUGAUUGGAGCGGCUCUGGGUGGGGCGGGGACAACAGCUGGUCCAGUGAGAAGGAGGUGGCGCCCUCCCGAGCCCCCCCGCCCGGGGGAACCAAGCUGGCCAGCGAGUACGACUGGGACAGCGCGGGGGGGGGAAGCGCGCAGGAGGACCUUUUUACAGGGGUGUCCCAGAGAGCCAGCACCUCAAACACGAAGGCUGAGGACUCGUGGGGGGGGGAUGCAGGAGGAGACUGGGGGGGAGACGAGAACUGGGAGGCUUUGGACGCAGAUCAGGGGCAGAGCAGAGCGGAGCGCUCCAGGAAGAAGCAGGAGGAGAGGAAGAAGGAGCUGGAAGCCAAGCGAGCCCAGCGCAGGGCAGCCAAGGGGCCUCUGAAACUGGGGGCGCGCAAACUAGACUGAACCCCCGAUCCUGGAUCCAAACCAGUGAGCCGGGAGGGACAGACGGAGAGACAGACAUUCCCACACAUUCCCGGAUCCUUUCCUAUUGCACGGAGCGUCUCGGACAGGCGUCGGGGGGGGGGGGGGGGGGGGGGCAGCAGCUCCAUUAGAUCCUUGUGUUUCGUUUCACAGGAACGUCAGUUUUUUGCUCGGAAGCCAAGUGCUGGAUAGAGGACCCCAAACUCAGAGUGCUGCUGUCAGCUUCAAUACAGCGUGAGCAGCCCUGAAGCCAAGUCAGUGACCCUGUACAUACACUGACACACACACACACACACAUACACACACACAGACACACACACACACACACACACA